AUGUCUGCAGUUACGGGCACGUUCCGGAUCGUGUCGGAGGAGGAGCAGGCGCUGCGCUCCAAGCUGGAGCGCCUCACCACCAAGGACCACGGGCCCGUCUUUGGGAGGUGCGAGAAGAUCCCCCCACACACCCUGCAGAAGGCAAAGGACGAGCUGAACGAGACGGAGGAGAAGCGGGAGGUGGCGGUGAAGGCGCUGCGGGAGCUGGUGCAGGAGCGGGCGGGCGGCGAGGACGUUUGCCAGAAGGUGGCCGAGAAGGUGCAGGAGAGGGACGACUCCUUCCUGCUCCGCUUCAUCCGCGCUCGCAAGUUCGAUGUGCACAGAGCCUAUGACCUGCUGAAAGGCUACGUGAACUUCCGGCAGCAGUACCCCGAGCUGUUUGACAACCUGAGCCCCGAGGCCGUGCGCAGCACCAUCGAGGCCGGCUACCCCGGCAUCCUGGCCAGCAGGGACAAGUACGGCCGCGUGGUGAUGCUCUUCAACAUCGAGAACUGGGACUACGAGGAGAUCACCUUCGAUGAGAUUCUUCGUGCCUAUUGUAUUAUCUUGGAGAAGCUGCUGGAGAACGAAGAGACCCAGAUCAAUGGGUUCUGCAUCAUUGAGAACUUCAAGGGCUUCACCAUGCAGCAGGCAUCAGGGAUCAAACCCUCCGAGCUCAAAAAGAUGGUGGACAUGCUGCAGGACUCCUUCCCAGCGCGGUUCAAGGCCGUCCACUUCAUCCACCAGCCUUGGUACUUCACCACCACCUACAACGUGGUCAAACCCUUCCUGAAGAGCAAACUGCUGGAGAGGGUCUUUGUGCACGGCGAGGAGCUGGAAUCCUUCUACCAGGAGAUCGAUGCUGACAUCUUGCCAGCAGACUUUGGUGGCAACCUGCCCAAGUACGAUGGCAAAGCAACUGCAGAGAAGCUCUUUGGGCCUCGCAUAGAGUCUGAGGACACAGCUCUCUAA